AUGGUGAAUGCCUUCUUGAUGACAUUAAAGUUUCGUACAAAACUUGUUGAAAAACGUUAUGCAGAAUCUGUUUUUCAAACAUUUUGUUUUUCAAUAUACAGUAUUGAUAAUCCUUUUAUAAAUAAACAAAAAUAUGCAACACUCAAAAUAAAUAGUACAACUGGUAUUAAAACUUUAAAGGGUUCAGCUCUACAUCAACAAAAUAUAUUAGUUCGUACACUUGAACCAGCUCGACAUAGUUUAAAAUUAGCAAAUACACAUUCACCAAAAUCUAUAUCUUUACAUGAUAAUGAACAAUCAUUAACUGGAAAAUCAACAAUAGCGACACCAUCGACAAUACAUGAAAGUGAUGAAGGAAUCGUUGAAAAUAACAGUGAUGAUGAUGAAGAUGCAGCUCGAUCAUCAAGUCUUAUUGUAACAACAUAUGCAUCAUUACGUUCAACAAUACGUAGAACAACUGUUACAUCACUUACAUCAGCUAUUUCAUUAACUGGUUCAUCAAAUAUGAUUGAGAAUAAUUUGAAUGGACAACAAUUAAUUCAUUCAACGAAUAGAAAUAAUAAUAAUGGAAUCAACUCAACAAUAGCAAUGAAUACAAUGUCAAUGAUUGAUACAUUCAUGACUACGAGCGAUGAUUCAUUUCGAAUAUCACAUAUUCACCAAAAUUUUAGUUUCUGCCGAAGAUAA